AUGGCGCAGGAGAACGCCGCCUUCUCUCCCGGGUCGGAGGAGCCGCCGCGACGCCGCGGUCGCCAGCGCUACGUGGAGAAGGACGGGCGCUGCAACGUGCAGCAGGGCAACGUCCGCGAGACCUACCGCUACCUGACCGACCUGUUCACCACGCUGGUGGACCUGCAGUGGCGCCUCAGCCUGCUCUUCUUCGUGCUCGCCUACGCGCUCACCUGGCUUUUCUUCGGCGCCAUCUGGUGGCUCAUCGCCUACGGCCGCGGCGACCUGGAGCACCUAGAGGACACCGCGUGGACCCCGUGCGUCAACAACCUCAACGGCUUCGUGGCCGCCUUCCUCUUCUCCAUCGAGACCGAAACCACCAUCGGCUAUGGGCACCGCGUCAUCACCGACCAGUGCCCCGAGGGCAUCGUGCUGCUGCUGCUGCAGGCCAUCCUGGGCUCCAUGGUGAACGCUUUCAUGGUGGGCUGCAUGUUCGUCAAGAUCUCGCAGCCCAACAAGCGCGCCGCCACGCUCGUCUUCUCCUCGCACGCCGUGGUGUCUCUGCGCGACGGGCGCCUGUGUCUCAUGUUUCGGGUGGGCGACCUGCGAUCCUCGCACAUCGUCGAGGCCUCCAUCCGCGCCAAGCUCAUCCGCUCGCGCCAGACGCUCGAGGGCGAGUUCAUCCCCCUGCACCAGACCGACCUCAGCGUGGGCUUCGACACGGGGGACGACCGCCUCUUCCUCGUCUCGCCUCUCGUCAUCAGCCACGAGAUCGAUGCCGCCAGCCCCUUCUGGGAGGCAUCGCGCCGCGCCCUCGAGAGGGACGACUUCGAGAUCGUAGUCAUCCUCGAGGGCAUGGUGGAGGCCACCGGAAUGACAUGCCAAGCUCGAAGCUCCUACCUGGUAGAUGAAGUGUUGUGGGGCCACCGAUUCACAUCCGUGCUCACCCUGGAGGAUGGGUUCUAUGAAGUGGACUACGCCAGCUUCCACGAAACCUUUGAGGUGCCCACGCCCUCGUGCAGUGCUCGGGAACUGGCAGAAGCCGCGGCCCGCCUCGAUGCCCAUCUCUACUGGUCCAUCCCCAGCAGGCUGGAUGAGAAGGUGGAGGAAGAAGGGGCUGGGGAGGGUGCAGGUGCGGGAGAUGGAGCUGACAAGGAGCAAAAUGGCUGCCUGCCACCCCCAGAGAGUGAGUCCAAGGUGUGACUGGUUUUUCUCCAACCCCCUGUGGCAGACCAGGGGGGCAGACACAGGUACACGGAGAAGCCGCAGAGUGGAGAUGGGAAAAGAGGAGGCAGGCAGGGUCCCCAAGGAAUGGCUUAA